UACUUUGGUAUACGGGGGAAAGCUGUGGCUUCGUGGGGAAGUCUGCGUUUCGUGUUUGUUGCUCCCGCCAAGUACAUCAUACGAUUUUUCUUUUUAAAGGUCCCCGGGCAGUUUGAAUAGCCUCAAUAAUCUCUUCUUCUGUUUUAACCUUGGCAGUCCAGCAUUUCCCUUCAUCAUCAUACAUGAAACUCAGCUCUUGGAGACAGGGCGGCUUACUCUAAUCUGAUGGACCAUACAAUGACACAAAAGCUCAAAGUGCAAGACCUUCGUCAUGAGCUGGCUAAGCGCGGUCUUGAUACUUCUGGAUGUAAGCCUGAUUUGGUAAUCAGACUUAAUGAAGCUAUUCGAGAUGAAUCAAAGUUAAAGGAUGGUAACAUAUCGAGUUGCAAUAUGAAAAUUGCUAUGGCUGCAAAAGCAAAUGACACAGACCCAAACAAACAGUAUAGAGAUAGAGAUAACAGAUUUGGUACAAGGGUUAGAAAGGAAAGGGAUUCGAGUAUCUGUUCCCCAGAUAGAGACAACAAAGAUGGAGCUGUUCCUAAAAAGCAUAAACUUGAAGAUGUUGGGGGCAAGUCAAAUCCAGGUGCUGGCAACAAAGAAUUACAAGGGAUAUCUAGAAAAAAAUUGACUCCCACAUCUAAAGAUGAAAAUGAACUAGAUUCUUCUGAGCAUAAAAAAAGCAUAGAUAUCAAUGAGAUGACUGUUGACGAGCUUCGGCAGGAGCUUUCUUUGUGUGGGUUAUCAACUUCUGGAACUAAAAAGGUUCUUGUUGGAAGACUUGGUAAAGCUAUGGAUGAAACACCAGUUACAACCACAACAGAUGGUUCAAGCACUUCACAACACGUGAAAGGCGGAGGAGUUCAGGAAAGAAUAAAGGAAAAUUUGGUUGUAGCGACUAAGAAAGGGAGGGCUGUCUUAGAUAGGUGGCUUCCAGAGGAUAUAAAGUCCCAAUAUCAUGUUUUACAGAUAGGGGAUAAUAUCUAUGAUGCAAUGCUGAAUCAGACGAAUGUUACUGAAAAUAAUAACAAGUUUUAUGUUAUUCAAGCUUUAGAAGAUGACAGUGGGGGGAAAUACAUGGUAUAUAAUCGAUGGGGCAGAGUUGGUGUUAGGGGUCAAGAUAAGCUCUUUGGUCCAUUUGGCUCACAGAAUGAUGCAAUUUCAGAAUUUGAAGGGAAGUUCUUUGACAAAACCAAGAACUCUUGGUCUGAACGACAUAACUUUGUUUCUUACCCAAGCAAGUACACCUGGUUAGAAAUGGAUUAUGAAGGAGAUGAUACAAAAAAACAGGUUGAAAAGAAUCCAACAGAUUCUUUGGAUAAAUAUGAACCUCGAAAAAGCAAGCUAGAUUACCGUGUUGCACAAUUUAUAUCGCUCAUUUGUAAUGUUGACAUGAUGAAACAACAAAUGAUGGAAAUAGGGUAUAAUGCUGAUAAACUACCUCUUGGCAAGCUAAGCAAGUCAACUAUCUUAAAGGGUUAUGAAGUGUUGAAGAGAAUUAGCGUUGCAAUCGAAAAUCAGAAUAGAAAUGAUAUUCGACAUCUUAGUAGUGAAUUUUAUACGGUGAUUCCUCAUGAUUUUGGCUUCAAGAAAAUGUAUGAUUUUGUCAUUGACACCCCUCAUAAAUUGAAGCAGAAGGUGGAAAUGGUUGAGGCACUGGGAGAAAUUGAACUUGCAACAAAGUUGCUGAAGGAUGAUAUUGUAGAAGAUGAAGAUCCUUUCUACUCUCAUUAUCAACGUCUUCAUUGCAAUAUCUUGCCUCUAGAUGAAGAUUCUGAGGAUAUUGGUUUGGUGAAAUGUUAUUUGAUGAAUACUCAUGCUAAGACACAUUCAAGUUACACUAUUGAAGUUUUACAUGUGUUCAAAGUUUCAAGAGAUGGUGAAUAUGAUCGCUUUGAAAAGUUUAAUUCUGUGAAAAAUAGGAUGCUUUUAUGGCAUGGUUCAAGAUUAACAAAUUGGACUGGCAUUCUUUCCCAAGGACUUCGAAUUGCUCCUCCAGAAGCACCUGUAACUGGUUACAUGUUUGGGAAGGGGGUGUAUUUUGCAGAUAUGGUUUCCAAAAGUGCAAACUAUUGUUAUGCAUCUUCAACAUCUCCAAUUGGAGUGCUUCUACUAUGUGAGGUGGCUUUAGGUGAAAUGGUUGAACUUGAACAAGCUGAUUAUAAUGCAGACAAAUUGCCAAAUGGAAAGCUAAGCACAAAAGGAGUUGGUGGAACAGCACCUGAUCCUUCAAAAUCUCACAUUCUUCCUGAUGGAGUGAUUGUCCCAUUGGGUACACCAAAGCAAUCUAACACUAAAGCCCACACCUCACUUCUGUAUAAUGAAUUCAUUGUUUACAAUGUGGAACAAAUACGUAUGCGGUACAUUGUUCAGGCGAAAUUCAACUUUUGUCAAUAAAAUCUCAAUGAAAAUAUAUCCUACUGUCAAUUGUGGCUUCAGGGUUUGAACAAAAGAAUCUUGAUUUGUUAAGCAAUGUAAAUUCAAACCAAAAAGUAGAUGAGAAAAGCCCCCUUUUGAUGGAUAUAAUUAUUCACAUAAAUCUUACUGAAUGCAAGGAUCAAAUUUGUAUAAAUUAUGUUUUAGAUGCUUCAAAGUCACACAAAUUUAUCGGAGACAUUAUAAAUGGUAAGAAAGAACAAUUCAUCAUUUCAUUCUUCUCUUAGGAAUUA